AUGGCGACUCUUUCCUCCGGUGAGGUCAAGAAGCAGAGCUUCCUCAAAUCAAAAAUCUGGGCCGCAAGAAUACUCCUCACCAAUGUCACUCAUGCAGAACUGCUGGCCAAAGAAGCAACGAGAAGCAAGCCAUGGCCGCCGCAGGACACGGGGACGCUGCAUGACAUUUCAGAAGCUACUUUCGACAUCGAUGAUUUCUUCAGAGUCGUGGACGUUCUGCACGACAGGUUCGAGAAAUUUAAUGAGAAGCAAUGGAAGAAAGGCUACAAGGCUCUGAUACUGCUGGAAUACCUUCUGACGCAUGGGCCACUGAGCUUUGCAGAUGAGUUAGAGAGCGAUAAGGAAGUGAUACAGAAGAUGUGCAACUUCCAUUGCUAUGAUGAAAUGGGGCAUAAUUGGGGGUCGAUGAUGAAGAAGAAAUCAGAGAGGGUGCUGCAGCUGAUGGAGAAGGGACCAUUCCAGAAAGAAGAGCGCGACCGGCUCCGACAGACUACUCGGAGGAUUCAAGGCUUUGGUAACUCCAGUUCCGAUUGUCCACUCCCCGGCAGGGCUGAAGAGGCCUCAGAAGUGAAGCACCCAAAAGAGGAUUAG